AUGAAUGUUGGUGAAAAAUUGCGGCUUAAUGAAGGAGCAGAGAUGGAUGAUGCUAGAAGUUUCAGAAGCCUAGUUGGAGGUUUGAUUUACCUAACCCACACUUGCCCCGAUAUUGCAUUCUCUGUUGGUGUCAUUUCCAGGUUCAUGCAACAACCUUCAAAGGUUCAUUUUGGAGCAGCAAAAAGGGUUCUGCGUUAUAUCGCUGGAACUAUGGACUAUGGUAUUUGGUAUUCACAAGUUUCCAAUUUUAGAUUAUGCGGGUUCACUGAUAGUGACUAUACUGGUUCGUUGGAUGAUAGACGGAGCGUUUCAGCUCAUGUUUUCACUUUAGGUUCAG